AUGUCAAGGGCCGGAGUCAUCUUCCUUGUGCUUUGCUUGAUAGCUGCCGCUGAAGCAGCAGGUAUGUUGCACCACGUUCCAUGAAAUUAUUCUGGUCUUUUGUAUUACUUCCUCCGCAAUUUUCAGUCAUCUCACGAGAGCCCGUCUUGUUAUUUCCCCGAUGGACUGGCCAGGAAAGCCUCUGCUCUGCUGCAAAUCCAACCCGGUAAACCUCAGGUGCAGAACCAAGGCUGAUAACAUAACCUGCGAUGGACAGUGCAGACCACACUGCUCGAAGGGAGGGUUCUGCAAGCCUGAAGGAGGCCAUCACUUUUGCCAUUGCUAUUGUUAG